AUGGCCGUUCCAGAACACCUUUGGGGAGCAAAGGAAGGACUGAGUGGUGGAAGAAAAGGGAGAGAUCUAGAAUACUGGAUGCUAGACAUCUCAGAACAGAGGAUUCUAAGUGCUCUAGAGAUCCAGGCUCAGGCCUUUAUAGUCAACUUGGACACAACACUUCAGCCAGCCAUUCAGUCCUCUCACCAGACCGUGAGCUUGGUUCUAGAAGACGCCAGUGCUGCAGCUGAUUCAGAGGCUCAGGGCACCCUCAAGCAGCAACUCCCGCAACCAGAUCUUGGGAGCGGGGAAGGUUCGCAAAACACGCCGCGAGUUCUUGAAGUGUGGAUUCGUUGUCAUCUCUGCCAGCAGCUGGGAAAAUCCCCCGCGAGCGAAAACGCGAGGCAACAACGCGCGGUGGAUGUGCAGCUCGGGGCUUCCCCAUAUGAAUUGGUGGGCUAUAGGCAGCCACUGUCCUCUUCCUCUGCCACUGCUACGCUUCCUUCCUAAACAGUCCACGAGAAGCUGGAACCCCCUCUGGAGCAGCUGCAGCAGGGCGUGGGAAAAAAUGCCAAGGGUAGCGGCGGCUGUGGCGAGAGCGGGAGCAACAGCAGCAGCAGUAGCAGCAGCAGCAGCAGCAAGACGGAGUUGAAGGAGGAGCAGCAGCAGCUGAGGAGGAAAAUCAACAGCCGGGAAAGGAAAAGGAUGCAAGAUCUCAACCUGGCCAUGGACGCUCUGAGAGAAGUCAUCAUGCCCUAUUCUGCCGCUCAUUGCCAGAGUUCCCCGGCAGGAAGCUCUCCAAAAAUCGCUACGCUGCUCUCCUCGCCAAGAAACUACAUCCUUCUCCUGGGCAGCUCCUGCAGGGAGUUGCGGCGGACUGGCGACAUGAGCGGGCCCGGGCCGCGGUUGCUGCUCGCUGGCUUGCCCCUGUUCGCUGCCCCCGGAUCCGUGCUGCUGGCCCCAGGGGGCGUGAACCACCCGGAGACUCUACACUCCAGCAAGUACCUGUCGCUGGAGGAGCCGCCGUGUGGUCAGUUCCCUCUCCCUGGCAGCCCUGGUCUCUGCACUUGUGCUAUCUGCAAAUUCCCGCAUUUAAUUCCUUCAGGCCUCGGGCUAGCUGCGGUACAGACACAGUUCUCCAAGUGAAGAGACCGGGCAGACCCCAUUGCACCCUUCCGCCCCUUUCCCUCCCUAGCCUGCCACCCCGUCACCACCGCCCCACUGAUAGCACUACCACCACCCUCGCCCCUUCUCCAAUCCCGGCUCCCCGGAGCCAACUGCAGCAAAAGAACGCGGGGGUCGGGAGAAGUGCGAGAAGACAGAAAGGAAGAGAUGGAGACUUUCUUUAAGGGGGGAGGGGGCGGGGAGACUCCCUCCAAGUACAUUUGCAGUUAUGGGGACGUGAUGAGUGAGAAACAGUAAAAGAUGUUUGUUUUUUGAAUUCCGGUGGAUCUUUUCCCGGUAGCUUUCCCACUUGCAAGAGGGUGGAUUAAAAUAAAAAGUGAGGCCUGAUCCUUCCUUUCAGUCCUUCUACUCUCCGGACCCCUCCUCGCUUCCACCCCGCCCGCCCUGCAGGUGUAGAUCUAGCUGACUUUUCCUUGUCCUUUUCUUUCCAUCACUAAAUGUCGGGAUUGUUCACGUCUCUUGUUUUGCUUCUAAGAAAGCAACCCUUUCCUCGCCUCCAGGUAAGCUGUUUCCGGACGCUUAUGUUAUUGGGGGGGGGGUCAAGGGGGGGGGGUUCUUUCCCCUCCAGGAAGAGAGAAUAGCAGUCUUUGUGUCUACUUUUCACUAGAUUUGGACGGACUCUUCGAGGGGAAUAUAUGUACGAGGAUCGGAUCGAGGAAUCCUUCGGGUUUCUGAAGAUCCCUUAGUAGAGACUUAUUAAUCACGGAAUGCUCCAUGUGAACUCACAGAGGGUUAGGCGGCGUUUGGGCUAAGGCUCGCUUCGCUCUCUGCAGAGCGUUGGGGGGUGGAGCACGCUCGAUUUCUGGGUUCAAAAAUCCAAAUCUUUUUGGACAUGCUGUUCUAAGACGACGUUUACCUUCGUUUGAGGCUAGCUUGUUAUUUUUCAGGGAACUUUGUAGGUUUUUAAGUGUAAUUUCUUUCGGGUUGAUUUUUAUUACCCCCGCCCCCGCUUCGCUAUUCAUCCUUUUAGAAACAGAAAGGAAGCUCUUUCCACUUUCGCCAGUUUUUUUCAGGUUAGCCUAAUCAGCAUUUGAGUUUGGUAUACAUUCAUAUAAUGCCCUCCUUUCAAGCAACAGUUUUCUUAGAUUACUGAAAAUAGGCACACUCCUCUCACACUCUUGACUUAACAAGGGGGGGGGGGGAAGCCUCGAUUAACUUUUAUUUCUUUAAAAAAAAAAGACUUGAAAUUGCCUUGAAGCAAGUAGUUAAAUUCAUCUUUUAAUCAUCAAAGCGAUCAGUGCAGUGUUUUUUUUUUUAGGUCCAUUCUGGGCAUUGGAUUCUAACAGAAGUUUUAAUAAAUACACAGCCUUGUUUCUUCCUAUUCACCCCAUAUUAGACGACAUAGAUUUCAGGUCUUGAUUUGUAAUGGGCAUUUAAGUAUAUUGUUUGUUUUUAAUACCAGGUUGUGACUUUGGAUUUUUAUUGUUGGGGAUUUUGUUUGUUAAAAAACCAUUUUAAAACUAACCAUCUUUCCCUCUUGUAUUGUCGAAUCAUCACAAUAAAUAAAUUUUAAAAACCCAA